AUGCCCGAAUCAGACCUGCCUUUCGAAAUUCUUUCCCAUAUUGCAAUUUAUGUAUUGAAUGAUGACAAGCCAGCAUGUAUGAUGACUUGCAAGAGAUGGAAAAUCCCAUUUCAAGAGUCAGUCUGGAAGACUAUAGAAAUUGAUUCAUUCGAGAAACUUGAAGAAAUAUGUACUAUAGCAAAUAAUUCAACGAGCAGGUUACCACCCUAUGAUCUUACAACAGAAAUUAUACGUAUCCAUCGGCCAUGUAACAUACGCGAAUUACAGAAGACUCAGGCUUUCCGAACCUUUCAGAAUUUGAAACACCUUGAUAUUGGGGCUAUAUCCUAUGAGCUAGCCGAUUUCGGCUUUACGAGAUACGUUCCUGAUUCGACAUCACUGGUCAGCCUGAAACUCAAAAUUAAAGCAAUCGACGGCAUAAUAUCGACUCCAAUAACUAUUGGAAUAUUAGGCCACAUGCCUAACCUUCAAAAGAUAGAUAUUUACCCAGAAUUAUCGAUUUAUAAAAUUCAGUUUAAACUUCACCAAUUUAAUCACCUCCAUACCCUAUUACCAAAGCUGACAGCUAUCAAAUUAUCGCUAAGCUUUCAUUGGAUACAUCCAAAGGCAGUACCAUCUAUUCCACAAACUGAUCCAGCACCAUCUGUAACAACACUCGAUCUCGAAAUCAUUGACUGGGACCAUAUAUGGCUGUACUAUUUUAGUUUCAAGUAUCCAAACCUACGGAAUCUUCUUUCUUUCGAUAUCAAGAAUAUUGUAACGCCAAAGCUUUCACAUUGUCCAAGAUUAGUAGAUCUUGAAAUCAAAUGCUGUGGUGUAUCUAUUGCUUUAGACAACGUACUAGAUAAUUGCACAGCCUUACGAAGAUUGUCUUUUUGUAAUGGGCUACUUUAUAUUAAUCCAGAAACAAAUGAAAGGCCGAUACAACAUGGACUACGCACUUUGGAACUUGAUACAGUUACUACGAAAUCUUUUGUAUUUAACUAUAUAUCCUCCAGAUGUAGAGAUUUGGAAUACAUGGCAUUGAUACAAACUCAAAUUUACGAAUCAGUUUCUGAAAAAACGAAAGGCCUACAUAUCAACAUGUCUUAUACCAACUUUAAAAAAUUGUACCUCGACCACGUUCUAUUCUAUUUAUCUGAUGAUUUUAUGAAUAUGAAUAUUACUAUCAAGCUGGUUUUACUGUCCCAGCUAACCGACCCUCGGAAGACAAACAAAGAUCCAGAACAUGGCAAUGUAGAAUCUUUUGCGACACAUAUAGCAUGGUUUCACCUAUCCGAUGCAUUGAAGAAUAAUACAUCACUCAAUUCACUAGAUAUUACACAGCUGUCAGAAGAAGAUGGUUAUGAUAUCACUAGGCAGUUUUUGGACUUUCAGCUCAAACGGAAUUAUAAUUCACAAGAAGCCAAAACUUUUAUUCGAGAGCAAACUUCCGUGCAUCCUUGGAAAAAGGACAUUUGCGAAGGAUGUGUUGAAUUUACAUGUGGUCGUAUAAAUGAAUACCGUAUUUUGUAAUCUUAUAUACUUCCUAUCUUUUAUACUUCUUCUUUUUUACAUUUUCUUGACAUAAAAUUAAAACCUCAUACGCACUAAGCCCUUACCUCC